AUGAACAAAGAAGGAUGGUUGCUGAUAAAGAAGGUUACUCCGAAAGAUGCAGGAAUGUACACUGUGGUUGUCUACCUUCCCAAUUUAAAAAAGGAAAUAGGAUUUGGACGGCUGAACGUAUACCAGCCAGUGAGAGUGCCCACACUCUUAGCCAGCAUCACCACAGCCACAGCGAAUAAGGACGCCGUGGUUAUGACCUGCUACACAAAUGCGCCUUCCAUUAAAUGGUUGUUAGAUGCUGAGAGUCUGCGGCUCAGGGAGAGGAUGAAGCUGUCCUGGAACAACAGAACCCUCACCAUAAACCCUGUCAGGAUGGAGGAUGCUGGGUUCUACCAGUGUGAAGUAUCCAACCCUGUCAGCUCUGUUGAGAGUGCAGCGAUUGAGCUGCAAGUAAACUAUUAG